UAGUGCCUCUCAUUGGCUGAUUCCGGGGCUGUGGUGAAGUUCCUGAGCCAUGGGCAGGGCCUCUUCCUCUGCUUGCCAAUUAAACUCUUGGAGAAGAGUUCCUGCAGAAGUGGGGUAGGAUUGACCAUCACAAAAUUGCCAGCCUCGGCGAGUCUCCAGAGGCUUGAUAUCUGCGCUUGUUCGAGGAAGCACAAAUUGGCCAAGAGAAACAGUAGUCAGGAGCCUAAAAAGCAAUUAAAGUUGCCCUGGAAAUGAUCGUUGUCCUCAGGCAAAGACUCUGGAAGCCACGGAGGCAUCAGGGAUGGGAAGGCAGGCAUACAUCAUGGCAGGCAGCAAGGAGAAAGUGAGAUGUGGCGUGCCAGACUUCCUUUAGGUUCCGCUCCAUCACCACCCCCCAAACCUGCGUUGCCGAAAACCUUCCCAUAGUCUGUUGCUCAACUAUCUGAGUGUCUGAUUUUUUUUUUUUUUUUUUGAGGCAGUCUACCCAACCAUCUCUGGAACUUCAAAAGAAUAGCCUUCAGCAGUACACCAGGGCUGCUGUGCUCUACCUCAGAAGGGGGGAAAAAAUAACAAAGGUGUUUCAGCCACCAUUGGUUCUGCACACAAAGAAUCCAGAGCUGCUACUGCCAGCCUAGAGAACCCACGGGGAGAUGAUUCCUCAUGAAGGGCCUGGAUCCCCUACAGAAAUCCAAUGUGACUCUCUGUUUAUCAGACUAAAACCAGAGCCAGCCAGACAGUGAAACAGCCACCGUGGAGGGGGGACGGCGAAAAAUGAAAUCUAACCAAGAGCGGAGCAAUGAAUGCCUGCCUCCCAAGAAACGUGAGAUCCCCGCCACCAGUCGGCCCUCCGAGGAGAAGGCCACUGCUCUGCCCAGCGACAACCACUGCGUGGAGGGUGUGGCAUGGCUCCCCAGCACCCCUGGCAGCCGCGGCCACGGGGGUGGGCGGCACGGGCCAGCAGGGACUUCCGGGGAGCACGGUUUACAAGGAAUGGGUUUACAUAAAGCACUGUCCGCAGGGCUGGAUUACUCCCCACCCAGUGCCCCCAGGUCGGUCCCCACAGCCAACACGCUGCCCACCGUGUACCCUCCUCCUCAGUCAGGGACGCCGGUGUCUCCUGUGCAGUAUGCCCACCUAUCACAUACCUUCCAGUUCAUUGGGUCCUCCCAGUACAGUGGGCCUUACGCGGGCUUUAUCCCUUCCCAGCUGAUCUCCCCACCAGGCAACCCAGUCACCAGUGCGGUGGCCUCGGCUGCAGGGGCCACCACUCCAUCACAGCGCUCCCAGCUGGAGGCAUAUUCCACCCUGCUGGCCAACAUGGGCAGUCUGAGCCAGGCACCAGGACACAAGGUUGAGCCCCCUCCGCAGCAGCACCUCGGCAGGGCUGCGGGAUUAGUCAACCCGGGGUCCCCUCCACCUACCCAGCAGAACCAGUACAUUCACAUUUCCAGCUCUCCGCAGAGCUCCGGGCGGGCAACAUCUCCACCCAUCCCGGUCCACCUCCAUCCCCAUCAGACGAUGAUCCCGCACACGCUCACCCUGGGGCCUUCAUCCCAGGUGGUCGUGCAAUACAGUGACGCCGGAGGCCACUUUGUUCCUCGAGAGUCCACCAAAAAAGCAGAAAGCAGCAGGUUGCAGCAGGCUAUGCAGGCCAAGGAGGUCCUCAAUGGGGAGAUGGAGAAAAGCCGGAGGUAUGGGGCGUCAUCUUCUGUGGAGCUGAGCCUGGGGAAGACGAGCAGCAAGUCAGUGCCUCACCCCUAUGAGUCCAGGCAUGUGGUGGUCCACCCGAGCCCAGCAGACUACAGCAGUCGUGAUACCUCCGGGGUCCGUGGAUCUGUGAUGGUCCUGCCCAACAGCAGCACACCCUCAGCCGACCUGGAGACACAGCAGGCCACACAUCGAGAGGCCUCCCCGUCCACCCUCAAUGACAAGAGCGGUUUGCACCUAGGGAAGCCCGGCCACAGGUCCUACGCGCUGUCCCCCCACACGGUCAUUCAGACCACACACAGCGCGUCAGAGCCUCUCCCGGUGGGCCUACCAGCCACGGCCUUCUAUGCUGGCGCUCAACCGCCUGUCAUCGGCUACCUGAGUAGCCAGCAACAAGCAAUCACCUAUGCUGGUGGUCUGCCCCAGCACCUGGUGAUCCCAGGUACCCAGCCCCUGCUCAUCCCAGUGGGCAGCCCUGACAUGGACACACCUGGGGCAGCCUCGGCCAUAGUGACGUCAUCGCCCCAGUUUGCUGCAGUACCUCACACGUUUGUCACCACCGCCCUGCCCAAGAGCGAGAACUUCAACCCAGAGGCUCUGGUCACCCAGGCAGCCUACCCAGCCAUGGUGCAGGCCCAGAUCCACCUGCCGGUGGUACAGUCCGUGGCAUCCCCUGCCGCGGCAUCACCCACGCUGCCGCCAUAUUUCAUGAAAGGCUCCAUCAUCCAGCUGGCCAACGGGGAGCUGAAGAAAGUAGAGGAUCUGAAGACGGAGGAUUUCAUCCAGAGUGCAGAGAUUAGCAAUGACCUCAAGAUCGACUCCAGUACUGUGGAGAGGAUCGAGGACAGCCACAGCCCCGGUGUGGCCGUGAUACAAUUUGCUGUUGGUGAACACCGAGCCCAGGUCAGUGUCGAAGUUUUGGUAGAGUAUCCUUUUUUUGUAUUUGGACAGGGCUGGUCGUCCUGCUGUCCCGAGCGGACCAGCCAGCUCUUUGAUCUGCCGUGUUCCAAACUCUCCGUUGGGGACGUCUGCAUCUCGCUCACCCUCAAGAACCUGAAGAAUGGCUCUGUUAAAAAGGGCCAGCCCGUGGACCCUGCCAGUGCCCUGCUGAAGCACGCAAAGACCGACAGCCUGGCUGGCAGCAGACACAGAUACGCCGAGCAGGAAAACGGAAUCAACCAGGGGAGCGCCCAGGUGCUCUCUGAGAACGGCGAACUGAAGUUUCCAGAAAAAAUUGGAUUGCCUGCAGCACCCUUCCUCACCAAAAUAGAACCGAGCAAGCCCACAGCCACGAGGAAGAGGAGGUGGUCGGCGCCGGAGACCCGUAAACUGGAGAAGUCGGAGGACGAGCCACCUUUGACUCUUCCCAAGCCUUCGCUCAUUCCUCAGGAGGUUAAGAUCUGCAUCGAAGGCCGAUCUAACGUGGGCAAGUAGAGACCGUGCGGGCAGCCGAGGCGCGGGCCCCGUUUGCUGUCUGUAUCCAGAUUACUGUACUGUAGGCUAAAUAACACAGUAUUUACAUGUUAUCCUCUUUAGGUUCGUGUUCUAACCUUGUCAUUAGAGUCAAACAGGUGUGUGGCAGGAAACUGGUGCGUCCGCGAUGUCUGCAAGUGUCUGUCGAGGAGCUGGCGGGUGGAGGGUGGUCAUAACCGUGGCCAUGGAGCUCCGGGGCAUCCCAAGGGGCCCUGAAGGGGGGCUUCAUCAGCACCUGCCUUCUCCAGCAGCACAGAGCUGAGGGGCGUCAGUUCCCACUGGUUUCAAGAGCAAACUCAGUGGGAAGUAACCUGCAAGGGUGUGUCUGGGUGCGUCCCUGGUGAAGAAGGGGUGCUUGGGUGCCAUGGCGGUGAGGGAGGGUCUCUCUUUCUCUGCCUCCGCCUCCCUCACUUGCUCACUCUCAGCAUGGGAUUGGGGGACCUGGGUUUCCCACGUGCAAAGUGGUCAGGAACCCAGCUUCCAGGCACUGUAGGGAAGGCAUCAGACCGGCAGAUGGGAAACUAGUUUCAAAGAACGUGGUUCUCUCCAACAUAUUUUACAAUAAAAAGCAACUUUUAAUCAUA